AUGACCCCCGACGACCCUCUGUUUCCCUCGAGUCCUCCGUCGCCAUGCUCUGUCGAUGGCUGCUUUCCUGAACAACCUGAGCCGCAGAUGGCCGUCGACAACGAGACAAUUCUCCGAUUGAUCGAACAACUCGAGGCUGAUCGAACUGCAUAUCUUGCAACUUUCGAAAAGGUGCACGAGACACUGAGUCAGGCUCUUGGUUCUCAGCCUAGUAGGCCCGCUUCUGUGCCUACUUUCACGACCCGUCCUUUGGUAUCUCCCCCUCACGGACUGCAUUUACAGGCUUCCGGUCAAUGGCCGUCCCCCAGGAUAUCGCCCAGUGUAUCCAGUCAUCAAACAGCACCCAGCACUUAUAUCCUAGAGCAAGAGCAUCACCCGAACACGCCUCUGCCCAAGGAUUCCAUCUUAACGGGAGAUGGAAGUUCGGAUAGCGAAGACGACGAGUCCUUCUUUGUACAAGACACGCUUCCGCCCAGGGGUUUUACCGAGGACGAUGUGAUCGAGCACCUCAAGGCACACCCGUGGGACAUCUACAGCAAAUACCUCCUCCGAGAUCUCCUGCGAAACAUUGGGCUACUAUCCAAUGGGAUCUUCCUAAAGGACAGACAUCAUCAGACAGAUGCUAACCAUCAGCAUGCAGACAUUUAUCAUGUUGGUGCUGAUGGUGCCCCCUUGCGAUUCAGCAGAGGUGAUUCAGAUGAAGGCCCGCUGGCUACUUGGGAAGCUUUGAAGAGUAUCAAUUGUGAUGCGAACCGGAGGCAAGCCGUGGGCCGCAUUAUCAUCGUUCGGGAACCCCCAUCAAUUUUAUUUGCCGCAUUGCACCUCACAAUGCAGGAGCAUUUCGAUAUGGACUCGAUCUAUCGUAUGCUCAUCGACGACCACACUCACACCAAAGCCAUCACCAAAGGAUAUCUCGAAAAGGACACGCGCCGGCAGAGAUCCAUCGUCUUUGUGUUCAAGUAUCACACGAUUGUAGGAGAAGGACGCUCUCCCCUCCCCUGGCAGAGUCACGAUGACAAUCUGGAACCACAGGAAGGACAUAUUCCUUUGUCAACAUGCUCGUCAGUGGUUGCCCUAUCACUAGCGGGCAGGCCAAGUCACACUCUACGGCGUAAUUCUCGCAAGAGAAAAGCCAUUGUUGGGCACAUUUACGAUCCAUUCGCGCCCUGGCAUGUACUUUCUUUGCAGUGUUUUCCAGAUUGGAACUCCAGUGUCGAUAUACACGAACACAACCAUCACUAUGUCAAUGGGCCCGAUGCCUUCCUCUCCUCCCUACUAUCCGAAUAUCGAGACGGCGUGAGAAGAUUUAAAGAGGUUCAUUCAAAGAUUCAGCUGCUCGCCACUCCACCCAAGCGGUCUAUCUUCGACAGUGCGUUACGAGAUGAACUUCUGUUCGAGAACGACCAGUACACCUACUCACGGCGUUAUUUCUGGGCAUCUCAAACCCUUGGACUUCUCAGUAAUGAGAUCAAGGCCAUGAUCGCUGCAUACAAGGAAACAUUCACAGACGAAGUUUGGUCAGGAGAGCAUAAAACGCUAUUCCCAGGCACAAAAGAUCAGUCAUCCCGCUACAGUAACUGGAGGCGGAAAUUGUGCCAUACUCGGAGGCAAUUCGAAAAAGAAAUCGCUCAGCUAGAGGAAGUACUGAGGACGUUUCAACAGCAGCAGAAAGAGAUCAGAGGGCUUCGCGAAUGGCUGUUCAGUGGUACAUCCGUCCUGGAGAGUCGAGAGGCUGUCAGUAUGGCCAAGAUCACCGUCGACCAAGGUUACAACAUCCGCAUUCUGACAUUGGUGACCUUGUUCUUCCUUCCGCUGACCUUUGUGACAUCAAUUUAUGGGAUGACGAACAUGCCUCCCGAGGACUCUUAUCUUCCCUUUGCUGUCACGACAGUUGGGAUAUGCAUCCCUACGUACCUGCUCAUAUUGGUCGUCAACAGCCGCGAGGGACUCAAGAUGAUGCUUACUGCGCUAGGUCUUUUCAUCACGCGACUCACCUCGCGGGCCGCACCAAAAAGGUCCGAGAGAUUGAAGGAAAAGAUCUUGAAGCGGAGGGUUGCGCCCCCAACGGAAAGAAGACCCAUUAUUCGCAAGGCGGCCACUUUCGCCAGUCUUGAAACUCGGCUAUCUCACGAUCUGAGCGCUGAGACAUCCCUUCAAGAACCACAGGGAUUUCUUCAUGACACCAGCCGGCGCAUGUCUCAAACGCUCAGCAGUCAUCUUCCCGGCGCGGCCAGACGUGCCUCUCAUGCUGCCAUGCAUGCGGAAGCGACGACGAGACUGCCGACCUACUCUGAAGAGAUGGGCGAGCUCAACCGUCAACGUCUUCGGUCCAGCACCAUCAAAUUCGAGGAGCCGCUCUACAGUCCAACGAGGUGGCGAAUAGACGAAGCAGAGGAGCACCGGCAAGACUGGUCGACACAAUGGCGAACGGAAGAGUCGAACGGAACGACGAUUCACAAUAACUACAAGUCCAGCUCUAACGCUUCGCCAGUUUCGCCGAGCACAAGUCCACCGACCAGCGUCUCGAACGGAGCGGAUACUCUGAGGCCGGGGGCUAGACUAACGGUCCCGGUUGACACGAGGACCCAUAGCUCGCGCAGUGUCAGUCCUGGAGACACCGGAGGGGUGUCCCUAUUCAGACGUCUUACCGAGCGAUUCCCGCAGUUGCAAUUACAGUCAUCGCCGCGGGGGUCGAUCUCGGGAAGCCCAAGUCCGAAAGAGCCCGUUUGA